UCCUGUCCGUAGGGGGCGGUACUGUGCUCCUUUUGCAGAAGUUUUCUAAAAGAGUAAACCACGCAUGCCAAACAACAAUGGCGGCCUCCUGUGCGAUGGUGUGCUGUGAAGAAGAAGGCGAAUCUGAUAAAGCUAUAAUUGUGCAAUUUUCAAAUGGAUGUGUUAAAAAUCCAGAAAGGCUUCAGUUUUCUGUGUUCAAGAACACAGAUGAAAGAAACCCCAGGAAAAAAAGUCGACGCAUAUUGGUUGCUGAAUCAGACAGACUGUCAUAUGUGGGUGACAACUUUGGACCAGGUUCCAUGAAGUGUAAUAACAUUUGCAAAUAUUAUGUUGGAGUUUUGAACAAGCAGACUAUGCAAAUGGAGGUGCACAAUGCUCAGCUGUUCAAUUUGCAACCAGUUAUUCCAGGAGAAACUGAUGCUGCAAAAUCUGACCACACAAAUAUGACCUACAGAGAUAAGGUUGACUCUCUGAUUGAAGCUUUUGGUACAAACAAACAAAAGAGAGCUCUGAAUUCUCGAAAACUGAAUCAAGUUGGAAGUGAUGCUCUACAUCAUGCAGUGACUAAAGCAGCGGACACUGUAAUUGAACAGAAGGGUCUUGAGAUUCUCCAACAAGAAGUGGCAGAAACUGAGUUCCAAGGAGAUGCUGCAUUGCACCUACCCCCCUGUAAUGCAGAGGCAGAUAAACCAGAAAAUGUUUAUGCAUUUGAGAAUUUAUUGACCUCGGUGGAGUUAUCUGCUUUGAAAGAUGUCGGUGCUAAGAUGGCAGCACUCACUCCAGAGGAACUACAAAAGAUGAAGGAUACUGGAGGGCAUCUUUGUGUUCUAAAACACUUGGAAAACCUCCCAAAUGACGAUGAAACCAGAGAAAAAAUUCUUUGUUGCUCCUUCUACCUUUCCUUGCUCGUUAAACUGGCUCGACAAAGACACAUCAACCGAAAAUUUGGACAAGAGGAAGGAUGCCCGCGCAUUAUUCAGAACAAACUGAUGAAGACAUUUACAGUGGAAACUUACAAAAAUGGCAGUGUUCAGAGCAUGAUUCCUUCUUCUAUGCGAGCAAAACUAGCAGCACACAGCUUGGCCCUGCUAUUGCAUAUGAACUUCAUGACUGCCAAUAUAACGCUACUGCACCGUGAUCUGGGGAUUACAGAGGCCAAAAUGAUUGAGGUGGCCAAAUCAAUGGGGCUAACUCUAAGCAGAUCGCCAAAGGUCAAAGGAGAAGUGUCACCGCUGGAUGAGUACAAGUAUGCUACACUUGCUUUACCUCUGGUCAAAUAUGAUAAGUUCACAGAGCAACGUAAACGCAAGAAAAUGCGCUGAAGCAAAGAAUGUAACGAGAAGUUAAACCACAAAUGUUUAUUAAUAGAAACAAAUAAAAUGUUGCAAAUGUUCAA